AUGACUCAGAAAUUUAAAGCAGUCGCGUUCCUGCUAGGUGGUGCGAUACCGAGCCGAGCACCGAGCAAAAAACAGCGAAUAACGACACACGCGCGGCCGAGCCAGAGCCGAGGCGGGAACGCGUUUCCUGCACUCCGUCCCUCGGCCCCAGCGCCGCUCCAGCAGCGCCCGGAGCCGGAGCGGCCAUCGCCGGCCGGGGCGGCGCGCACCCAUCCUCGGCGCUCCGAGCCCCCCGCGGGGCCCGGGGGCGGGCAGAAAGUUGCCGAGAAACUUUGUGCGAAGGGGCCAAGGUCCCCCCUCCCCCCGGGGUGGGGGCGAAGCGGGCGGCCCCGCGGGGAGAGGCCGGGGGCGGGCGCGGGCGGCCGGGGCCUAGCGCUCAGCCGGGCGCCGCCGCCGCCAUCGCGGCCGCCUCUCCCGCGGGGCGGGGGGGACGGGGCCGCGGCCGGGUGCUCACCUGCCCGUCCUCGGCGGCGCGGGUGGGAGAAGGAGGGGGAGAGGGAAGGAAGCGGGGCCCCCCCCGCUCCUCCCGGAGCCGCGGCGACCCGGGGAGGGAAGGGGGGGAGGAGGGGAAGGGAGGAGGGAAGAGGAGCAGGAGGAGGGAGCCGGGCGCUCCGGUGCGUGCGAGGAGCCGGAGCCUGGCGGCGGGAGGAGGAGACUCCCCGCCCCUACGGCCGGGCUCUCCGGCGGGCACCUCCGGCCCCUCCUCCGCAGCGCUCCGCCUCGCCCCCGCUGCCCGCGGGCGCCCGGGUGAGGCGCGACACGAAGCUCCCCGCCCGAUCAGAGGCCGCGGGGAGGAGCCGGGCGGACCCCUCCUCGGCGGCGCCGCGCACCGAGCCAACAUGGUGGCGGCAGCGGCAGCGCGGGGUGGAGGGGAGGCGAGGGGCAGCUCCCGAUCGGGGCCUUUCGGGGAGGGUUGCGCAGAGCCCGGCUGCCGCCUUCUUGCUUGACGCCGGUCAGGUGUGUGGCUUCAGCUCUGAGCUCUUCCGCCUGCCGUGGGAAAGGUGUGGAGAAAUUACUCUUCAACCACGCAGCCGGGGAUGUCCAGGCUUGGUGUGUUAUGGAUUUGAGUCAGACAGGGUGAACAGAGCGUCAGGACUGAGCCAGCCCAGGUAACAAAAGCUGGAGAAGAGGCACUUGUGGAAAACUCGCUGUUAAAAUAUGAACAACAGCAACAACAAAAAACACACCACAGUAAGAGGUGGAAGAAGCCUGGAUUUACUGAAAGCAGCCUUGCCACUAGAUAAUGCUUUUUAAUAUUACUAGUAAGAGUUCUUCGACUUCUUCAACUUCUUGUGCUGAGGUUGUUCUUGGCAUUCAUCUGCUUCACUGCUGGGACACUUGCACUGUGAAAUCUGCUGUUCUCUCAUGUUAAAAGAAAGUAACUUUGCCAGCGAAUCUACAGAGAAGCACCUCGACCUCCAGACUGGGAGCAGUCAUUUGAGAUUUAGCAAGUCUCAUGCUGAUGUCAAGGAUAUGCCUUUUGCGGUAUCUCUUAAUAAUACACCCACAUCUGACCUGGUGGUGAGUAAGUCUCUGCACAGCCUCACUUUGCAUGUAGGGGCUUAGCUCAUCUAAGCUGAGUUCUCCCCAAACUAUCUGCAUAUCCUCCCACAAGCCCUGCUUGCCAAGCAGCCUGGAGAUGCUCUGCUCCAAGGCUUCAAAGGCGAAGCCAGCAUUUCUUUGCAAUUAGGUAGAAAUGUACAGCUGGGAUGGACCUCCCACUGUGCAGCAAUCAUUGUGGGAAAGUAUCAGUUGCCUUUCCCUUCUCCACGCCUGGCUUAAAAAGAACAGAAAAGUACAAGAAUAAAUAAAUGAGGAAGACUCUGCUUCCAUGUUGCUCUUCUCUAGUUCUGCAGGCUGCUGCUUUGUCCUGCUCUGUCAUUAGCACACUUCUUGAAGAGCUGGCUCUCAAGUGGGGAAACAAGCGGAGCAAAACCCAGCCCGAGCCCCCUGCACAAGUGUUUAUGCUGGGGAUACAUCAUAGCUUUUUGGAACUUCUAAUGUUUGUAUUCUUCAAAAGGCAGGAAAAAACUGCUACGUUCAGCAGAAAACUCUCUAUAUUCCAUGAACUUAGAACUGAAACUAUAAAAAUGCCAAAUAUUAAUUUUUUUGUUGUUGUUGUUGUUUUGAAUGGAGAGCUUGUAUCAACAUGUGUUUCUCUGAAUUUUGAGUUACUCUUAAAAAAAUGGAGCUGACACGUAUUCCUUCAUUUACCUUAAGCACAUAGUUAAUUGAUCCUGUUGCUUUGGAGAACUGCAAAACUAUGAUGGGAAUACACAAAUCUUCAAUUUUUUAAAAAAUAGUAUCUUACUUCACUAUUUCCUUUUAGUCUCUACAUUUCUUUAAAUAGUCUAUAGCAGCCAAAUAAUAUCAUGCAAGAGAUAUUUCAUUGCUCAUAGAAUAAACUGUAAUUAUGCAAUAAAAGAAUGCAUUUGUCAUUCUCAUAAUGGGACAAAAUUAAUUACUUGGAGACAAAUCCAGCUAAAGAAAAUAAGAGAAAUACUAAAUCAAAAAUACGUAACAUUAAAGGUUACAUUAAUGUUGCUUCCUUCUACUUGUUUUUCCUUUCACUUUUGGUUAAAAAGGGAUUUUCCAAAGCACAGGAAUUUGCUCAUUCUAUUCCUAGUUCUUUGAAAACAGAGUGUAUGAAAAUCAGACUGACUGUUCCACCCUGAAUCAUAUUGUUUGCUUUUGUUUUCUAAUUGGGAAGAAUAAUAAAACAUGGAAAGCUCAAAAAUA